UUGAAUCAUGUCAGGCGGGAUUAUGCCCAUAAGCGGACCAAAGAGGCAUCUGUCUUCAUCAGCGACUUUUGCGAGAGGCAGAAAGAGGACAAGCUUGACCUCCUCUACUUCUUGCUUUGCGACAAUCCAAACGAAUGUGGUGACUCCAGGUAUAAAGAGGUUUUGGCAUCCUGGAGCAAGGAAAGCGUGUAGCUCACGGCUGAAGAUUGCCUUGCCAUGAGAGUCACAACAAAGACAUCAAAAACACAUUAUGAGGCUCAAUAUAGAAAGUUCAAGGCGAAGGGCACCAACAUUCUCAAGCCACCGCACAUUCUCACCGAGUUGCAAAAGGAUUUUAUGCCCGGUAGUGUAAGGUUUCGGCUGGAGGGAGGCACAGACAUCAUUCAUCACACCCCAGUCAAGGCAGGACAGUCUCAUGUAGAGUAUGGGGAGCUGUCCUUCGAGCUCCAGGAUGUGAAUAGAGAGGACCACCCAGGAUUGGAGACCCCCUUCCCCAACAUGAAAGGCGUGGCUUGGCCUUAUGCACACGCUCUUGCCAAGACCCUGGAAGAGUUGGAUGCAGAGAUCGUCAUGGGCUUGCAGAAGGCGGGACUUGAUCCUGAUGACGAUCUCUGCAUUCUUACUACUAUCAAAGAUGGCGCCGACGGGAUGGGGGACAUCUCCGUGACCAAAGCUGCGAGGGAUCGUCUCUUGCCAGACAAGGCCUUCCAGGCAGCUUUUGCAGUAAUAAAGUGCGAGGUAAUCAGGGACGGGGAGAAGGUGACGGUGUACGAGCCAGAUGCUCCAGACUCCACUUUUAAAACACGGCCAUUGAUUGAGGCUAUAGGGGACGAGAACAAUAGAGCGUCGGCCACUGUCCUCCUUGACGGCAUGGAACAUGACUGACAGGUGCUACGAGGGAAGGAGAUGUCUAUAAAUGUAGGUCCUGUGUGGAGACGGCAUAAAUUGAAAUUCUUCAAUUCCAUGAUUGAUGAAAAACUAGACCGAGCUAAUGGGGGUCUCCAGGGCAGUGGUUCACGCUUUGUGUGCACUCUGUGCCAUGCAACAAAGGAAUCUGCAAAAACUGAUUUGGGCACCUUCACUUCAGCGUAUCUCGAUCAUAUGAGGAAACAACCUCGACUGCAAAGUAUAUCCAAGUAAACCCGGACAAUCUCUCAGCAGCAGAACUCACAGAAGUAUCAAGGGGGGUAAAAUCACAUCCAAUAUUGCAAUCGGACCCAAAGGACAAACUAAUCGAUGCCACCCAUACAGAUAUUAACAUGGGAAACUUUUUCAAGAAGUUGAUCAUCUGUGAAGUUGCCAGGGUCCAAAGCUGG